AUGAAAAUCGGCGCUCUAUUUCUUAUUUGCUAUUUCGGAUGGACGAGUGGCCAAAAUUUUCGUAGUAUUCUAAUUGAGCGUGCUUGCGCAAAAAGACCGGAGCUCGAGUUUUGUGCCGAUUUCACAACACCAUCACCAAUCACUACUCCAUCUCCAUCCUCGUCAUCGUCAAUUCCGCUGGUAUUGCCGCCAAAUCCGUCAACAAUACCUCCGCUAGCUCCGACCACCGUCAAAUUGAAAGUCGCCAGUACAACGCCUUCUCCUUCAACUGCCAGUGAAUCGGAUGUGGAUUUUGAAACCAGUGGAAAUACGACGACGAGGAACGAAAAAGAGAAACUUGGAAGUCUUGUGAGAUUGCCGAAACCGUUGAAAUCAUCGAAGGAGAUUGCCGUUGAAAAUGUGCUCAAGGUCGCUGGAGCUGCAGAUGAAAAUGAAGAGAAGAAGGUGGUUUCGCCGAAUGGAACAUCUGUGAGCAUCGAGGAUGAUAAAGGAGUUCUGGUUUUUGUUAGCGAAUAUUGUGUAGUGGAACGUGAGCAUUUCGUGAAAAGCUGCAACGGCGACAUCCCCAAACCAGAGAUUGAUUUUUGCAAGACAUAUCCAUCGGCGUGCGUUUCAACAAACGGCGUUAUUCCUGUGAUUUCCUAUUGCCAAAGAUAUUAUAAACAUUAUCCUAAACAUUGUAAAAAACAAUUGGUCGCCAAAGAAGCUUUGCAAUUCUGCUUUGCAUUUGAGCAAUUCUGCCUUCCAGAGCUACAACAUACGGUACAGUCCGAGAAGCCGAAAUCAUCAUUGAGGAAAUGCGAAGACGUGCUUCCAGAAGCUAGAAAGGUUUGCAAUCCGUUCCCAAAUCCUAAGGACACAUUCAAUCUACUCCGCUGUACCCACUUUCUAACGAAUUGCAAAAAAUAUGUGGAUUGGCUCUAA